CGAACCCAUGCGAUGCAUCUGCACGCCGGCGCAGUGCAACUCCAGUAUUUCAUGCCCCAGCAGGGAGCCGCCGCCGACUCGGCUACCGCGUGCAGCGCCUCCACUUCGCCGGCCGCCGCCACCACCAUGUGGGAGUAUCACCAGCUGGCACACCCGGCCUUGCAGCCCUCCUCCUCCUUUCCCUACAGUUACUGGAGCCCCUACUCCGGGUCGACGACGACUGCGACGGCGCUCCUCGCCGGCUCAGCCUUCGCCGCCGACUCCUCGUCGACCGACGUCAUGCGGCUCCAUACCGGCGAGCACGCCCACGGGCACGGCUGGAGCCACGGCGAACUAAGCAACAGCACCACCGGCUACAGGGAGAACUUCCUCGAUCUGCUCGCGUCGAAGAACGUGACGCCUGAAAUGUUCGAGGAAGUCCCUAUAACCGAGCACUACAACGUUGCAACGGCGCGGGCGUUCGAUGCUCGCUCCGACGACGUCUCGCCGAUCAAGUACGAGAUCUCCGGUUCGCAGUUGUUCUUGGGAGGCGCUACUACUAACACCGCCGGCCUCCAGGUCCAGGAGAUGAGCAUGAUGAGUGGCAUGCCGGCAUGCUACGACGACGCUGAACACCACCAUCAUCAGCUGACGAAGGAAGGCAGCAGCAACCAGCAACAGGCCGAGCUUGCAAUUAACCCCAUGGCUUCCUUUCUGCAGCAAAUAAGCUCCGGCAGUGCUAGUAUUGGCGUGCACAGUAGCCUGGAUUAUUCAGCCUUGGGAGAGCCUGACAAGAUUUGCCAGGACAGCCGUGAAAUGGAGGCUAGUCCUUUCAGCAUGAGGAGCUUGCCGGAUCUUGGGUCAUUCGCCGGCUACACGUCGACCAUAGAGUCGACGUCGGUGCAACCAUACAUGAGAUGCGCCAAUUCGUCUGACAGCAAUCGACAAGAGCAGGAGACAGUGCCGGCAAGGAGUAGUAGCAGCGGCAGUGCAGCGGCCACUGAUCGUAAGAAGAGGAAGUCAGAGGAAAGGCAGGAAAGCACCGGUAAGAAGUCCAAGCAAGAGGCUUCCAAAGCAUCACCUCCUAAGCAACCAAUUCCUAAAGUAAAACUGGGGGAGAAGAUCACAGCACUGCAGCAAAUCGUUUCGCCGUUUGGGAAGACGGACACAGCAUCGGUACUGUUUGAAACGAUCAAGUAUAUCAAGUUUCUGCACGAACAAGUACAGCUGCUAAGUGAGCCGUACACGAACUCCAGCAGAAGCAAGGGCAACAGCGUCGUCGUUCCAUGGGGAGAUCAGGCAGAGGCGAGCAAGGGAGAAACGGGGCAUGAUCUGAAGAACAGGGGGCUUUGCUUGGUGCCUGUGUCGUGGACGCCGGAGGUGUACCGAGACGGCACCUCGAUGGACUACUGGACGCCGGCGUACAGGGGCUGCCUGUACCGGUGACGUCUAAUUAACUGUAGCUGCCAGCCAUGCAAGUUUCUUCCGAUGAUCGAUCGGUGUGUGUGUGUAGCUCAGUAGCUGUGCGGCGCACGACGGUUCCUCGAUCGUCCCCGGAUUAAUUACGUAGGGGAGGCCGGCCGGGUUAAUGAUCUGCUUUAUCUACGUGGUGCUUUGUGUUUCUGGAUUAGCCUGUAAUCUGUUUGCUAAUUAAAGCUUGCUGAUUUGUGAUGUGUGCUGCGGAAGUUAAUGAUCUGAAUGACUGAAUCGACUUUAGCUGCUGACAUUUCUGCUGGUAUUGUAUCAGAGUAAUAACGCUAUAGUUCAUUACUCCAUUGAACAUUUGAGAGCUAAACCACGA